GCACAAAUCUCUUUGGUUUUGCUUCAAAACCUUGGCCACAGCAGAAUGCUGAAAAAACUCACCAAAGCAAUUGUAAAAUUGGAUUCAUGCAAAGAAUUGGUCCCUGUUGAGAGCAUCACAGACAAUGAGCACUUCAGGCCCCUCUGUCUACUGAAAAAAAAGAGAAAAUCAACAAACGUGUUCCACCCAGCUCCCUACUACCAGCACACAGGGUUCACACUGCAUGAUGUGCUGCUGCCUGGACAAGAUGGUAAAAGCAUAGAGUCCCUCCUUCAAGUUUCCAGCCAAUUUACUCUCAGAAAAGCCAGCACAGACCAAGUUGAUGGAGGUCUCAGCAUUUCAUUUGACCCUGCAAGUGCAGAUCUGCAAGGAGGUGCCUCCUUGUCCAAGGCAUUUUCUGUCAAGCCACAGAAGAAGAGCAUUUCACUGCAGUCACUGGAGGAACUGACAAAAGAAAGAGAAAUAAACAUGAAGCAUUCAUUCAUCCGACAGCUACAGGGAACAGACAUCAAUCUAUACGUGGUCACCGAAAUCCUCGAAGCCUCAGAGGAGACUGUCUACAAGGAAUCCACCAAGGCAGAUGGGGGCUUCAAGGCCACAUUUUAUGCCACAUUCUUUGCAAAGGGCAACAGAGAGAGCAACCAAGACAUAGUCAUACCCAAGGGCUGCACCCUGGCAUUCAGGACCAUCCCACUACUCAUUAGAGAUGGAGAAUGGGAGGUGGGUUAUUUGCCAACAGAACGAACGGUGAUGGAAACAAUAGGAGGUCCCUCACAAGGAAAAUUAGGAGAAGUGAUUGGUGAAGCGGAAUGCCGCUUUCAAAUUUUCUCCAAGUUGGCUCCUGACCUCCUGCUCAUCGUCUUCAACACCAUCAAAGCUGUUAUGAAAGACAAGAACCUUCUUCAAGAGCUCAGCCAGAAAAUGGAAGAUAUUCCUGAGCAAAAUGAUGGGUAUGAGCUGAAAACUGAGAGCCCAGACUUCAAAGACCUGUUCAGCACCUUACAGCAUUUUCCAAGAGAUUGUUUCCUUCUGUGUGCAGAAGGAAUCACCUACACCCUUGAUGCUUUGCAUGAGUUAAUGGAUGAUCAGCUGUGGCUGCUGCUGCAAUCCUUGGAAAGGAAUAUUCUAUACCAACAGCUGAACCUGGUUGCAGAGAUACUGAAACAUGACCUGGAGGAUAAUAUGUGCAAUUUCCAUGUGGAUGCCAGGCUGCUCUCCUUCCCACACAAGGAGGAACAGAUGUUAACCAUGGAACUGGUGGAGCUGAGUGGAGUGCAGCUCCAGGAAGAUGGAUCAGCUGUCCCUAGGGAUAAACCCUUCGAGGCCAUGGCAGCCCUGUUUGUGGCCAUGUACUUCCUGAAUGGCUUGAGAAGGGUGUACCUGUCCCUAUCCAGGGAAAGCCUCUCUAAAGCCUCAGGAAAUCUCUGCUGAGCAACCAGGUUUUCUCCCAAUAUCAUCCUUAUUAAUGCUCCAGGCUGCUUUGAAUGGGAAAUACAAAUUUAAGGCUGGAAAAUUAAUUAUUGAUACUAUGAUAGGUUGGAUAUCAAAGUGGAUUUUUCUGUCUGUCUCCGCCAAGAAUACUGAGGUGCAACAGGAAAAUCCACAAGCUCAAAGAAUCCCAAGCCUGCCACCAGUGCCUCAUGUAAUCCUGCUUCCCUCAAAAUGCUGCUGCUGCUUCUGCAAUCAAUAAAUGGGAAAGGGAAGGGAAAAGGGAAUGGGAAGGGCAGGGAAAUGCAAAGGAAAAGGGGAAAUGCAAAGAAAACAAAAGCCAAAGGAAAACAUGAGCAGUGAUUCACUGUCCCUGGUUCCUCUCUGCUUCAGUGGGGACUCCAUGAACUGCUGGUGCCAGGAAGGUGGGGAAAUCCCAGAGGUUUCACUGACACCUCCCUGCUCCCAUCUCCCUGAGUUGCUUGAGGGACAUCUGCAGCACUUCAGAGCAACAAUCCAAUGCUCUCAUUAUCACUUUAUAAAUAAAGAGCAGCUUCUUGCUAAGCAA